AUGGCCAUGGCGCCCCACCCACCGGUCCUCCUCCUGCUGCUCCUCGCGCCGCUCCUCCUCUGCUCGCUGCUCCCCGAUGCGGCGCGGGCGGCCGGCGCCGAGGACGCCGGCGUGACCAUCGUGCGCAAGGACGGCACGACCUGCACGCUCUGCGCCUCCUGCGAGAACCCCUGCAACCCCAACCCAGGAUACAACUACCCGUCGCCACCUCCCCCGGCUCAGGGAGGACAAGGUGGAGGAGGAGGAGGCGGUGCGUACCCGACGCCCCCGCCGCCCAACCCGUUCCUGCCCUACUUCCCCUUCUACUACUACAGCCCGCCACCCCAGCUCAAGAGCUCGGCGCCGGCCGUCCCGUCGUCCGCCGCGGCGCCGCCGCUGCUGCUGCUCGCGCUCUCCGGGCUCCUGCUCUGCAGUGAGAACUCUCACCAGUACGCCGACUCAGCUUCAGACGAGGGCAUCAUCAAGAUCCCUGAGACCAUCGAUGACUCUGAUUUCGAGGGCACUGAACCUGAUGUUUUGUGCAAUGAACACUCCCUGCCAGCAGAGAGGCGUGUUGCUUUCCAGGGCAUCCAUACUGGCAGGAGGUUCUUUGCUUGUGCUGUGAAGGAGGGAAGAAAUUGUGGGCUAGUUGAAUGGGUUGAUCCAUUUUGGCCAGCUACAAUGGAGAAUGCAUUGACCAAGUUGUGGGAUAAGUAUGAAGAGUGCGGGAGGAGCAAGAUUGAGGACAAUCUGGGAAGCUCAUUUGCUGUUCACAAUCUGACACAACAGAAGAUCAAGCUGCAGGCAAGUUAUGAGAGGUUGGUUGAAGAUGUCAACGACCUUUUGGAUAGGAGCAGAGGGCUCAGAUGGAGAGAGGUGAAGCUUGCUGAAGAGAAGAUUAAGUUGCAGGCCCACAUUGAUGAGCUUGAGAAGGUUGCCGAGCAGACCAAGCUGAAGCUGAAUGGGAUCAAAGCCAUCUUAGAUGAAUGA